CUUCUUCAAACGUCUUAACAACAAACCUUGUCUCCUCUGCUUUUUUUUCUCUCCUGUAUCUCCCAUUCCCUUCAUCCCAAUUCUCAAAAUCGCUCAAUUUCUUCUCUCAAACCCUAAUUCCCCUUUUUAGUUGCAUUCACAAGUUCUCAGCAUCAGAAACUUUAUAAUUUCUGAGCUACUCUGUCUCUGAAAUUCAUCGUUUUUUCAUUGAUUGAACCGUUUUUCCUGUGUCAAUGGCGAAAGGUACUGAUUCUGAGAAAUACGUGGUGCUGUCUAAGGUACGUGCGGGUCUGAAGAGAGAGUUUUCCUUUGCUAUCAAGGCUCACUCUGAGGUAUGUGGUGGUUCACUCAGUCGAACCCGGUCUAAUAUGAACCGGAAUGUGGUUCAGGUUUCUGAACCUUCUCAAAACAAGAGGUUCAGAAAUUCCGGUCCAGUGGAGAAGGAUGAUAUUCUGAGUGAAGGAAAUGAUGGUUUUGUUGCUGGUGAAAUUGAAAUUGGUGAUGAUGCUAAGAAGGAAAUUGUGUCUGAUAAUGUAAGAAGUGUGAUUACACCAAUUCAAGUGAAAAAGUGGAAGGCGAAAUUUUCGAGCUCUAAGAAGUUCCCUUCGAAGCUGAAGGAUCUUUUAGAUUCGAGGAUUCUCGAUGGAUUACACGUGAAAUAUGUCCGCGGAGUCAGGGUGCGAAAGCUUGAUGAUGCAGAGUUUUGGGGAGUGAUUAAAGGCGAUGGGAUUGUAUGCUAUUGUGAAAUUUGUGAUGGGGUCAAGACUGUGAGCCCUGCCACAUUUGAGCUUCAUGCUGGUAGUUCAAACAAACGCCCCCCAGAGUAUAUUUUCCUUGAGAAUGGGAAUUCUAUCCGUGUUGUCAUGAAUACAUUUUUGAAUAAUCCUUUAGAAAAUCUGGAGGAAGCUGUCCAUGAGGUCCUUGGAGACUUUACUAUGAAGAAAUCUAAAUUCUGUUUGAACUGUAGAGAUGUUAAUGUUGUGUCAAGACUGUUCUGCAAUUUUUGUGUGGGAUCGGAGGACUGUCAACCUAGUCCCACUCAUACAACUGAGACUAGCAAUAGUUGUGUUUCACUAGAAGUUAAACCCAGAUCCCCAAAACCAGUUGUGCUUCCAAAGUCAUUGCCCCAGGGGCCCAAGGAACCCAAGGGAAUGAAGUUCAACACAUCUCGUGAUAAGAAUCAGGGAAGAUUAACUAAGAAGGAUCUACGCUUUCAUAAGUUGAUCAUUCAAGAUGUGUUGAAAGAAGGAACUGAAGUAGCAUACAUUGCUUAUGGAGAGCAGAAAUUGCUGGACGGAUACGUAAAGAGAUCUGGAAUAUUUUGUUUCUGUUGUGAGGCUGUGGUCAGUCCUUCUCAGUUUGAAGCACAUGCUGGUUGGGGAUCACGACGGAAGCCAUACGUGAGCAUAUUCACCAAAGAUGGAGUCUCACUACAUACGUUGGCCAUCUCUCUGUUGAAACAACAGGGAAUCUCUACGACUUAUAAUGAUGACCUCUGCAGUAUUUGUAAACAAGGAGGGAAUCUGUUAUGUUGUGAUGGAUGCCCAAGAACUUUUCACACAGAAUGUGUUCCUCUUCUUUGCAUACCGAGUAGUUUCUGGUACUGUAGAUAUUGUCAAAAUAUAAUGCGGAAGGGGAGAUAUGUUGAGCAUAAUGCAAAUGCUCUGGCAGCUGGAAGGAUUGCAGGGGUUGAUUUGGAACAGAUAACCCAGAGAUUCAUCCGUAUUGUAAAAGCUACAGAAGAUGACGAAAGUGGAUGUGCACUAUGCAGAGAGAAAGAUUUCACCAGAGAGUUUGGUCCUCGGACAGUAAUUAUUUGCGACCAGUGUGAGAAGGAAUAUCACAUAGGGUGUUUGAAGGAUCAUAACAUGCAGAACAUAGAGAAAUUACCUGAAGGGAAUUGGUACUGCUGCUCAGAUUGUGAUCAAAUUCAUACUGCUCUGCAAAAUUUAGUGGCUUGUGGGGAGGAGCAUCUUUCAGAUUCCCUCCUAAGUUUGAUUAAAAAGAAGCAUGAAAAAAAAGGUUUAGAAACUGAAUCGGGGCUUGAUAUAAAAUGGAGGGUUCUGAAUUGGAAGAUGAUUGCUUCUGAAGAGAUUAGGCCAUUGCUUUCACAGGCUGUUGCUAUUUUUCACGAGCAAUUUGAUCCCAUAGUUGAUUCUGAUACAGGCAAUGAUUUCAUUCCGACGAUGAUUUUUGGGAGGACAAUCAAGGAUCAAGAUUUUGCCGGAAUGUACUGUGCAGUGCUCACUGUCAACCAAGUGGUUGUAUGUGCGGGGAUAUUCCGUGUGUUUGGGCAAGAAGUAGCAGAGCUUCCCUUAGUGGCAACUAAUACCAAUUGCCAAGGACAGGGUUACUUCCAGUCCCUACUUUCUUGCAUUGAGAGGGUGCUUGGAUCAUUAAAAGUGAGACGAUUAGUCCUACCAGCUGCUCAUCAAGCUGAAUCAAUAUGGACCGGUAAAUUCGGGUUUACUAAGGUAGACAGAGAUGAGAUAGAUAAUUAUAUGAGAUGUUACCGAAUGAUGGUAUUCCAAGGGACCUCGUUAUUACAGAAGCCGGUUCCUGCCCUCUAAAGAACUUUUCUAGGAGCAUGUGUAAAUUUUCGGUCGACCUCUCAUUCAUACAUCUGUUUCUGGGAUGUUUUGCUGGGCGCUGAGCUGAAGAACACCCAUUUAAAGAAUAUAUAGGAUCUAUAUUUGGACGGUGUACAGAAAGCAAUUACUCAUGCUGUAGCCAUCAUAUUUAUUUUUAGUACAUGAAUGAAAGAAGGGGUGAUUAGAUUUGAAAAUAGAGGAUAUACUAGGACAUGCGAUUUCCAGAAACUUGCAAAAUAUGGUGCUAUAUUCAUUUACUUGUUAUAAAGCAACCCAUUUCAAUUUGGAACCCUUAUUUAUUGUUGUUUUCAAUAGAGUAUCUGUUUUUGUCAA